AUGGGUUCUGUUGGGCCCGAGACUGUCAAUGGCUACCGUCGCUACUUGCCUCUUGCUGGCGAUCCUCGGAUUGCAGACCGAGAUACAAUGAGUCCAUAUGAGGUGUCUGAGAAGAUGCUCGCAGAGCCCGUCAUCAAAGAGCUUUUUGAUGGUUGGAGAGCCAAUAUCAGCAAGCCCUACUAUGGCAUCACCACCGAUGGCACCAAGGUCGAGAAUAUCUAUUCUCUCCAGGACGAAGGGGCCCCAACACAGAAGAUUGUCGCCGCAGCCAACCAGGUGCUGGAGUCAUUUACACCCGAGGAAAGACUCAAGACUCUCAAUAGCCUGGAUAGUGGAAAUUGGAGAAAAUGGUCAAACACAGAGAUCAUCGCGUACGAGGUCGGUGUGCGCUUGGAACAUCUCCAAGACCACCAGGUUGACCAAAUCUGGAAUCUGCUGAAGCAAUCACUCAGCGAGGCUGGAUAUGCCAAAGCCCAGGCGGCUGUCAGGACAAAUAAGUUCUUGGGUGAACUUUGCCACUCGCGUGCAAUGCUAAACGAUAGGAGUUACUUUUUCCAAAUUUUCGGCCAGCCAUCGGAGACCGAGCCAUGGGGAUAUAGCUUUUUCGGUCACCACCUUGUCUUGAACAUCUUCUUUGUCGAGAAUCAGAUGGUCAUCGGACCGGCUUUUAUUGGUGCUGAGCCUAACAUCAUUGAUGCUGGACCCAACAAGGGUACCCAGCUUUUCAUUCCCGAAGCCAAACUCGGCCUUCAGCUCAUGCAAAGCCUUUCCCCGGAACAACAAAGUCAAGCACAGAUCUAUGUCGGGUUGCAUGACCCCGCCAUGCCCGAGGACCGCUGGAAUCUAGCAGACCAGCGUCAUCUCGCAGGGACAUCCCAGGACAACCGAGUGAUCCCCUACGAAGGUGUCGUUGCAACCUCGUUAACCCCCGAGCUUCAAGAACUGCUCAUUUCCAUCGUGGCGGUCUUCCAGGAGCUGUUGCCCGCAGCCCCACUCGCUCACAAGCUCGAAUUGAUUCGCAAGCACCUUCCGGAGACGUACUUCUCCUGGAUCGGCAAGUUCGGGGAUGAUGAUCCAUACUACUACCGCAUCCAAAGUCCAGUGGUGUUGGUGGAGUUCGAUUAUCAUUCUGGCAUUUAUCUUACCAACACAGAGCCGCAGAAAUAUCACACCCACACUAUCCAAAGACUUCCCAAUGGGGGUGAUUAUGCGACUGAGCUUAUUCGCCAGUGGAAGGAGAAGCACGCCAAAUAG